GACGGUGGCGGUGUGCGGGAGCGGGACGGGGCGUCCAGGUCCGGACGCGCUGCGCUGUCGCCAUCGAUCGCACGCGGCACUCGUUGGAAUCUCGCGCGCGGGGGCACCGGCACCAGCACCUUUGCUUCCAUUAGAAGCGCAAAUGUCUGCUCCUUGCUCCGCCUCGUCGCGCCACCCCCCCUGCACGGAUUAUUACUGGUUUCUUAUUGGCAACCAGAUCGAAAAAGGGGAGGAAUUAAUUUGUGGAGUCGGGUGGUGGUGAGAUCUGAUUUAGAUUGGUUGAUUAGCCCGGUUGGUAGCGGUAUUAGGCUAGCAGCAGCAGUCGGUGGUGGUGUGGUGGUGCAAGAGAGCAAGGCCCUGACCGACUGCCUCUUGCCUGCCUGCCGGCACUGCAUCUGCUGGAUCUCUGUUCGGGUGCGGGUGUGUGUGAAGCGCGGGCUCUAUAAAUACGACUCAGAUCUGGAGGCACCUCCUCCUCGUCCGCCCCAGUCUAAUCCGAUUCAAACCGCCCGUUCCUCGUGUCCGUGCCAAGCAAGCCGAGACCAAUCCCCAGAGCCAGCUGCUCGGUGCUCCACGCGAUGGCGCAGAAGGAGACCAAUGGCAGCAACGGCGAGCACAUCUCCACCCGCCCGCCGCCCACCCCCUCGCCCCUCCGCUUCUCCAAGUUCUUCCAGGCUAACCUGCGGAUCCUCGUCACCGGUGGGGCGGGCUUCAUCGGCUCGCACCUCGUAGACAAGCUCAUGGAGAACGAGAAGCACGAGGUCAUUGUUGCUGAUAACCUUUUCACUGGUUCAAAAGACAACCUGAAGAAGUGGAUCGGCCACCCAAGAUUUGAGUUCAUCCGUCAUGAUGUCACCCAGCCGCUUCUUGUGGAGGUUGACCAAAUCUACCACCUUGCUUGCCCUGCUUCACCAAUCUUCUACAAGCACAAUCCUGUUAAGACCAUCAAGACCAAUGUCAUUGGUACCCUCAACAUGCUGGGACUUGCAAAGAGAGUUGGAGCUAGGAUUUUGUUGACAUCCACCUCUGAAGUUUAUGGUGAUCCGCUUGAGCAUCCUCAAACCGAGGCAUACUGGGGCAAUGUUAACCCAAUUGGUGUCAGGAGCUGUUAUGAUGAGGGUAAGCGUGUAGCAGAGACGCUGAUGUUCGACUAUCACAGGCAGCAUGGCAUUGAAAUCCGAAUUGCCAGGAUUUUCAACACCUAUGGGCCUAGGAUGAACAUUGAUGAUGGCCGUGUUGUUAGCAACUUCAUUGCUCAGGCUGUGCGUGGUGAACCCCUGACUGUCCAGAGGCCCGGAACACAGACUAGGAGCUUCUGCUAUGUUGCCGAUAUGGUUGAUGGUCUUAUUAAGCUGAUGAAUGGAAACAACACUGGGCCGAUUAACUUGGGGAACCCAGGUGAAUUCACCAUGCUGGAACUUGCUGAGAAUGUGAAGGAGUUGAUCAACCCAGAUGUAACAGUGACGAUGACCGAGAACACUCCUGAUGAUCCCCGCCAGAGGAAGCCUGACAUCACAAAGGCAAAGGAAGUUCUGGGGUGGGAGCCCAAGAUCGUCCUGAAGGACGGCUUGGUGCUCAUGGAGGAUGAUUUCCGGGAGCGCCUGGCCGUGCCCAAGAAAACCAAGGCCUAAACUGCCCUGCGGUUGGCAAAGAAUAUCCACGGGGGAGCAUACUCAUAGUUGGGUUCGUCAUUAUUCGUGGUCACAUUUCAUUACGGAAUUUGAGUUCCAAUAAACGGAAUAUACCUUUGUCGUUCACCUUGAAGGAUUGUAUUAUUAGAAUUUUCAUACAGGGCUGGCAGUUUGAGUCUCUGCCUACGCAGAUCUUGUGGUACUUGUGUUUGUAGCCUUAUAUGUACUCCCUGAGUCGAUUAUAGCAAUGUUGAUGCCAUUUUGAGCUUUUUGGUC